CAAAUGGCGAGGCAAGAGUGGGACAAGCUAGCGGGAAAAGUGGUGAUGGUGACAGGGGCUUCCUCGGGUCUCGGCCUCGAAUUUUGUCUUGACCUCGCCAAGGCCGGCUGCAGAAUUGUGGCAGCCGCUCGCCGUGUGGAUCGCCUCGUCUCCCUCUGCCACCAGAUCAAUCACCUCCCUCUACCUCCUUCUUCUUCGGCUUCCGAGCCCAGAAGCCCUCGAGCCGUGGCUGUGGAGCUCGACGUUUGUGCUGAUGCUCCCACCAUCGAGACCGCUGUAUACAAGGCUUGGGACGCCUUUGGCCAUAUCGACGCCUUGGUCAACAACGCCGGAGUUAGAGGUAAUGUGAAAUCUCCAUUGGAUUUGUCCGAGGAGGAAUGGAACAACGUUUUGAAAACAAACUUAACAGGAGCCUGGUUGGUAUCAAAAUACGUCUGCAUUCGCAUGCGUGAUGCAGAGAGGGGAGGAGCAAUCAUCAAUAUCUCUUCUAUUGCUGGCAUUAACCGUGGCCAAGUUUCUGGAGCCGUCGCAUAUGGUUCUUCAAAGGCAGGCCUAGACGCCGUCACAAAGGCCAUGGCCUUGGAAUUGGGGGUACACAAAAUUAGAGUGAAUUCGAUAGCACCUGGGAUUUUCAAAUCUGAGAUUACUGAGGGUCUUAUGCAAAAAGCUUGGCUGCCAAACGUUGUCAGCAAAACUGUCCCUUUAAGAACCUAUGGCACCUCAGAUCCAGCAUUAACAUCAAUGGUUCGAUACUUGAUUCAUGACUCUUCUGAAUAUGUCUCCGGCAACAUUUUCAUUGUUGAUGCAGGUAACUCGUUACCAGGUGUCCCCAUUUUCUCUUCCCUUUGAAAUUCAUCUUGUCUAAGGAAGUUCAACUUUGUAUUAAUUAAUGAGAUAAUU